AUGGGGAGAGGAAAACUGAGCAUGAAACUGAUCAGUAACGAGAAAUCUCGAAAGACAACUUUUCAUAAGCGGAAAGCAAGUUUGUUGCGAAAAGCUUACGAGCUUUCCACUUUGUGCGAUGUUCGUGUUUGUGUGUUUGUCCAUGGCCCUAACCAAUCAAACGAUCAAUCUCCCCUCCAACUUCAUACAUGGCCGCCCUGUCCGGAUGAAGUCAAUAGCAUGAUUGCUUCUUACAAAACUAAUUGUCUCCACAAACGUGCUCGCAAGGCAUUUGGUCUUAUCGACUUCUUCUCCGAGAGAAAGAAGAAGGUCGAAACAGACAUGUCCAAGCUUCGUAAGGAUGUUGCUGAAGCAAGGUUUACAAAGUGGGAUGAACGUCUAGAUCAUCUCUUAGAAGAUCAAUUACGGGUUUUAAUGAUGGAAUUGGAUUCAAAGAUCGAGAUAGCGAAGAAAAGGAUCGAGAUAGAGACGGAGUGUUAUAAUGUUGAGGAGGGAACGUCAGUGGAGAGUAGCCAAACCCUAAAUGCAAACAUGAAGCAUAAACAAGUAAUGAGAUUUGAUCCUGAAGAGGAAAGUACUAAUUAUGGGAUGUUUGGAAUUAGGUCAUCAAUGGAGCAAACACAAGGCACUAUGCCAUUCCAUCAACAGUAUCAUCAUCAACAACAACUUCAAACGAUGGCACAAAGCUGUCUUCAAAUGGAUCAUGAGAUUGAGACUUUGUCUCCAUUCCUAUUUGGAUCAAAUGGGUCAGCACCACAAUUUCAGUUAAGUUGUGGAAGUAAUAAUAAUAAUAAUAAUAAUUGUUUCCAAAACUACCCUCAUAGUUUUUACAAUGAUCCAACAAAUGGGAUGAUUAUGGAGAACACACAAAGCUACUCAUCAAUGUGUCAUUAUGGAGUUCCAUUUGGUACACAAUCAGUUGUUCCAAUAUCAUAUAUGCAAAUGCAACAACUCACAGGCGCUGAUGAUCAAAUGAUGAUGGGUUAUGCUUCAAGCUCUCAAAUGCCUUUGCCCAAUAGUGCUUCUUCUCAAGUGAUCAAUGAUCAAUUUGAUUUCUACAAUAGUUAUGAGUAUUUUAUGAAGCCUAACAGCUUCUAA